GUGAAAGGUCAACCACGUGUGUACUGUUGACAUGAAGAAGGCGCUAAAACUUUGAGGGAGACAUGAAAACAAGAGGAAAGAGGCUGAGAAGCUUUGUACAGGAAAACAAGCUUAUAUCAAGGAACAGGGAAAGCCAGCCAAGUCCUCUAAGAAGUCCCGAAAAAUCUAAAUAUAGUAGCAAAGGUGGGACAAGCAAUAGGCAGGGAAUCAGUCCAGACAGGAGUAGGACCCCAAAAAACUUUUUGGGCACUCUUACCAAUGCGACAGAAAAUAGAAAAGUACGGUUUUCAAAACUGGUGUCCAUCACAGACCAGUUAACUGGGAGCAAGGCGAAGCGGCUCAGUCCAGAUGAUAUGUCACCGGAACCCAGACCAGGCCAGCGGAAACGGAGGCAGGUCGAUUCUGAUGAAAACAGCUCACCCUCACCGGAGAGAAUGGGACAGUCCAAGAGGAGAGGGGGGAUUGUCACUGACCACGUGAGGAAAGAGGCAUUCUCCCCAGACUUGAACAAGGUACCUGAAGGGACGUCAAGUGAAAAACUUGUCAAGAAGCCACCUACCAUGAUAGAUUUAGAAAAGCUCCUGCAAGAACUAGCCAAUCAGAGAGUACAUGAUUCCUGUAAUUUAGACGAUAACAGAGGUGUUGGAGUGAUGAGCGUAAAACGCCAUCUGGUUUUAUACUGUGUGGAUAUGUAUGAAGAGGGAGAAGAUUUAGCUGCAGCCACCAAAUUUCCGCCAAUCAACAGUUUGGAAAUUAUGAAGCAGAGACGAGAAAAGAUGUAUAAAGAGAGAGCGGUGAUGCAGAGGGUCGAGUCCUACAGAGGAACUACAGAGGAGAGGUACGCUCUCCUGACAGAAGUUAACCACUGGCUCAAUAGUACAGACCUGCUUAGUGAGCUCCCAAGUGAGGAGGAACUUUUUCAGAUGAGCAGACAUUUCCAAGAAAUACAUAGCCAUGUCAUGACAGCUAUCCAUAGAUAUGGAAGCUUGAGUGAGAAAGUGAUGGACCUUGGGAGCAGUCUCUUGGCGACAACUCAUGCUAUCAUUAUGGAACAAAAGGAAAUCGCUAAAGUGGGUCAGGCCAAAGAACAGGAGAAAACUAUUGUCAUUGAUGAGAGACUUCUCCUCUCUGACCAGAAUAAGUGGGACUCAGCUGUGAAGAUGGUCAUGAGUACGUUUGAUGAUGCCAUGAAGUGGACCAAGAAUGCUACCUACAAAAAUAUUUUUAAAAAAGGUCAAUCACAGUUUAAGGAGCUCUCUUCUGGUAUGAAGAAACGUAACACAGAGUUGAAAGAAAAAAGAAAAGCGGCAGAGGAUGCAAAAAUGAAACUACAAAAUGCAAAGACUGAUGUUGAAGGUAAAGGCAAAGAAUUGGAGGAACUGAAGAAAAAUGUCAGAAAGAUAACUACAGAACUGGAUGAAAAGAAGCAUCUGCUGGCCAAAGCAGAGGAGAAUAAUGCCAAGAUAUCACAGAAAUGUCAGAAACAGGAUGCCCAAAUCAAGGACCUACAAGAGGAACUGGCCAAAAAACCCAAGGUGGUGGAGAAAGUGAGGGCAGGCACGCCCCCUCCCCCUCCCUCACCGCCCCCACCAGAAAUCAUAAAAGUGAUAGAUUCUUCAACACAAUUAAAACUGAAUGAGACAGAAAAAGAACUUGAAGACCAAAAGGCAAAGCUUCAAAAGAUGAAGGAUGAAAUUAGAAGCCUUGAAAGACUACUGAGAAUAGAGAAAGAGAGAGUUCGUCAGUUGAGGUUAGAUCUGGAGGAUGCCAUUAGACGAGCAGAAGAGGCAGAACUAACAGUGGCUAUAGAACAACCCCAGCAAGACCCCGCACCAGAGGUCCAGAUUGUAGAGACUGGGGAUAAAGACAGCACAUACUACAAAACUCUCCUGGCUGGAAUGAAGAGAGACUUUAAUGCUGAGCUGGAGAAGAUCAAAGGUCACCUUGUCAAAGAGAGGCUGAGGAAUGCAGCAAUGGUGAAGAAAGUAGAGAACACACACAAGGAACAGAUGUUUGCUCUCCAGAAGGACGUAGUCCGAGUACUCCGGGCCAUCAUGCACUUCCGGGAUCACGUCAGUACUAUAGUAGAAAAAGAGAGCCUAAAGGACGUCUCACGGGCGAUGCAGGCCCUGGGCUCCCUCAUACCUGACAAGUUAGCUCUGGAUCCAAAGGAACUACUGGCCUUACUUGUUGGAAGUGUUGUAGAAUUUAUGCACAAAUUAGAAGUAAUAAUCGCCAAUGCCUUCCUGACAAUGAGGAUGAUGAUUAAGGGAUCUAUCACCCUGUCUACCACGAAGGAAGUAGUCGCCGCGCGGCGGACAGAAAACAAGGCGCGAAUGGAGGAGGCCAAGAAAACUAUGAGGCAAAUUGAUUUUUCAAAAACAGAGACAAAGAAGUUGGCGCUGCGACUCAAAAUAGCCAAGGAAAAGCUGAUUAAGUUUGAAGAACUUACAGAGAGACAAGAAGUCCAUGAUAGAAAAUAUCUGGCCCUGUUGGACAGAUACCGGCGAGUGUGGAAGAUGUACAACAACCUGAAUAAAGAUAUGACUCUCUUACAAUCAGACCUCCAGGAAGCUGUCGAUGAGAAAGCUAAAGAGCAGGAGAAUCUUAUUGUGUCCCAGAUCAAAAUGGAACUCAGGAAUAGGAUGAACCUCCAGGAUAAAGAACUAGAGAUAAGUGUGAAGGACCAGAAGAAGAAUAUCAGAAUGUUAGAGGAGGCUUAUGAGAAGAACAAGAUAUCCAAAAAUCUGUAUUACGCAGUGCUGUCUUUACUGGAGAGAUCAUUGGACAUACCCAGAAAGAGGCUGCGUUUCAUGAUGGAGCAAUACAUUGCCUUUAGAUCUGUAAAAGAUACUAGAGCUCGUGUUAAGGAGAUACUGAGAGGAGAGGAUCUGAGUAAACACGUGAGGCGGGACAUGGAGCAGUACGUCAAAAGAAUUGAUGAGAAGCUGACAAAAAGCACCAAUACCUGGCACACCAACAUGGACUUCCUUCAACAGGAGAGACGGCACCUCUUCAAAUCUAUUUGGAAAAUGUUUGGUGAGGUGUUUGCGGAGUCUGGGUUACUACUUGUUCAUCCAUUAUUGAAUCAGAUUGCAUAUGACAGAACAGAGGUUUACAGCAAGAUAGCAGCAACCGUCAAAAGAAAGACACUCAAAAAGCUUUGUCUGAAGGGUCAUAAACGUGUGUCAGAGUUCCUUCAUCUUCCUACAUUUGUCGAGGGCUCCAGCGUGUUGUCCAGCAUGACAGACGAGCAGUCACUGUGGAACGCUCAGUUUUCUUGUGGAGAUGAUGCAACAAAUACCCCCUUAGCUGUCUCUCCCCAUCUACUUAACUACGACAUCAAUAGAGAACGCAUCCAAGCCAAAAGGAGUUUAGAAUUUGGCUCAGAUGCGCGUAAACCACUACACCUUCCCAUGACAAGGAAUUAUUACAUUUCAACCAAACAGGAGUGUGUGUCUGUCUGACCAGCCGGACCUCUGUAUAUCAUCAUACUGCAGUUUACUGGGAGGUCCGAGGAACAUUGAACUGUGUGCAGAGACACAAUAUGUUUCCUUGGAAUAAAAAUAUCAGUACAAUGUCAUUGCAAGAUAAAUUAAAAAAUA